AUGGCCCACGAGAAGCAGGAAUGGGAGCAAUUUCUGGUUGGGAAGAAGAUGGCUGUGGGGCCUCUCUGGCCUCAGAAACAGCAUUCUGGCUACUGUGCAGGUCUGGAACUGAGAGUUUCAGUGGAUGAUAUUUACAUUCCUCAAUUCUGGCCAGAAACCUAA